AUGAUGCUAUUCAGCAUGUCUUUAGCUGGACAAGCUCUAGAUUGGGCGCAACAUGAACCGCUUUCUACAAUCGAGUCAUGGAUUGAUUUUAGAGAAGCAUUCUUGAAGAGAUUUGUGAGGUUGCCACCUUUCAAGUCUAAGUACAACCACUACUCUUAUCACCUAGAAAGGGAGCGUGAUGAAGAAGAAUGGGGAGGCAUACCACCCCAUCCUGAAGUCUUGAAUGAAGAGCUAAUCAAGCAUGUCUUUUGGAGCAUUCUGGAGCAUAUGGGACGUGAGGAGCAUGGAGGGACUUGGCGCAUGGACGCAGCUCAACUGGAUACGCAAAGGAAGAAGGGAGAAGCCAUCUUGAAGACCAGCUCGACCGUCUACUCGACCAACCGGUCGAGUUCCUCAACUCGACCGGCCAAGCUUCAACUCGAUCGAGCUGGAAGUCAAAGUCAAACCCGAAAAAUGUUGCUUCCCCCUUGA